AUGGGCGGGAUUUUCUCACAAGAAAUCUCUACCGAAGACGAGGUCACAACAAUCAGAGAUAGCUUAGGGUUGACACCUUCACAGCGAUUGGACAACCCACGGUUGCAUGAUGUGCGCUUGCUGGCUUGGGAUCCCAGAUCCCCGUCAGAUUUUAUUAGCAGGACCCCUAUAAUUGUGGAGAAGACCCCAGUGAUCCAGGCCAAGAGAAUGAAGCCAUCGUGCAGUGCUACAAGUGCUCUACAGGAGGGUCCAGCCAUUAAGGAUCCAAGGUCCCCCACGAAUGAAUUCGCUAGAACACCAAUUAAUCCAUGUCAGUCCUCAUCAGCAGUUGUCGUGCGGCGGAAUGUAGUAUCUACAAACCACACAGAAGAAUCAGGCGUCAACGAGCUGAAAUCCUAUUUGGAACUUGCCAGUCAGCUUCCAGUUUUUGAGUCUAAUCUAGGAGUCUCAGGGAAAACUAUGCCACCGUUGGAGAAGCCGGAAUCAGGGGAAGCUGGAUCUCUACUGGAAAGUCCAGAGUCAGCGGAGACAGUAUCUUCCCCAGAAAAUCCAGAAUCAAGGGACAUUAUAAAAGAGGGAUCAGAGAUGUUCGUAGAGAAGGACCUCAAAUCUUUUGGAGAUCUUGAAGAUGCAGUAGCACUUGAUAUCAUUGAUACUGAAUGUGGUGAUGGAUGUGACGACAAUGCUGGAUGUGACGAUGAUGCUGGAUGUGUUAAAGAUGAUGGUUGUGAAGACAUUGAAGCUUCAACAGAGACAGUGGAUAACAAAUUCAUCUCAAAAGCCAAACACGUUGAGGAGAGCACUCCAAAGCUGGCAGUCCUAAUUCCGACAAAAUCUGACAACCGGAUACGAAUGAAACCGAAGAUGCUGUCCCUCCAACCAACCGUUCCCAGAUCGCCGCUGUGUGUAGUGCAGAAUUCUCACCGGAUCUUGUCCAACCACCGCCACAACUCCGUGAAGUCCAAGUCUAACCAUACAAACAACAUGGUGCUCGAUAAGGAGAAUGUCUUUCAUUGA